AUGAGCUCGUCCGCCUUCUCCGCGUGUCUGCUGCGCUCGUCCUUUGCCUACUACAGCGCGCCCUUCACCACCGCGCCUGCGCCAAGCGCCUCCGUGGCUGUUCCGCCAGCCCUGCCAGCAGCGGUGACCCAGCAGGCCCCAGCCCAAAUCUCCAGGACUGCUGCGUGUUGGAGUCAUGAUGGGGGGGCAAGCCAGGGAACAAAGGAGAGCGAUGGGAUUGAUGGAUCGGGAAGGAAGGACGGGGAUUCCAUGCAAGAGAAGGGAGGGAAAGAGGAGGGGGAUGUGAUGAGGAGAGAGAGGGGAGGUAUGAUUUACGGCAGGGAAAGGUCAAGGGAUGGGGCAGUGAUGGUGGUGGGGAGCGAGGAGGGGCAGGUGGGGAGAGAGGUAUUGCAGUGUGGGGAGGUGGGAGGGGAGAGCGAGUGCAGUUGCAGCAGGGGAACGUGGGCUUGCAAGAUGAGGAUGGUGGCUAUUGGGAAGGUGGGGGAGGAGGUGGGGAUGAGAGUGAACUUCUGA